AAUUUAAAUAGUGUGCUUGGACCAUCUAUACCUUGUGGAGCUACGUGAGCUCGGAAACCUACCGUUUGAUCACUGUUUGGAAUGGUACCAUUGAAACUGAAGAAAUUUACCAGUAUUGUCAUCUUGGAGAUUGAUGGGGCCAGACUGCUUUGAACCCUAGCACUACAUAUCUAGCGACGCUUUCAGCAGUAUAUCCAAGCUUGUGGGCAAUUCACAACAUCAGAUCGGCCAGUCCGCCGAGGCAUGUCCUCAAUCUCCGGCAGCCUCUCUCCACGGCUCAGGCCCCCUCAAUCUGCUCAGCCAUACAGGUCUAUAUUUGGUGGCUCUAGCAGUCAGGAUAUCGCAGAUCUUCAGCCGUAUACGGCAUGGCAAGGGGAUGCCACUUUUGGUCUUGAUGAUCACGAUGUCCAGAUGGAUGAUUUACCGGUAGUUGAGAAUGAUCAUUCCGAUGACUCUACCUAUAGAGGAAGCGAUGAAGAUGAGUCUAGGUCAGAGGAUAAUCCUACCACCGAAGAUAUCCAGCAGAGGGUACCGGAAAGCAUAACAGCACCCGUCAUUCCACAAGGUGAUAUUGAAAGCCCGCCAUCCUCACCUGGAUAUCGACCUAAUAGGUUCCGCGGCACUGAAUCUCAAUGGAGAAAGUUGACUGCCGAAGAUAGACGAAAUGCUGAAGCUCUAGAAGAUAUUCGGGCUCGAGACCUUGCAGCCCAUCUGUACAAUGCGUAUGCUCUACGAGUACGAGCUCGAGAGCUAGCAAGGCGAGCAGCUGAAACUGGUGAACAAGUAGAUGAAAUUAAAGCAUUCGCUCCCCCAAAACGAUGGGCAGCAUGGCCCAUGUCAGCUACAGAGGUGCCUCGCGGAAACGAGUAUAUCCGCAGAGGGGAAGAUGAGGCCUGGACAUUGAGAAUGCAGCCGGAUCCUCGACCAAGUGCAGAGCUAGAAGAAUCGCUCAUAGCUAUUAUGCUAAAGAACGCAAAAGAAAAAUUCCAAGCUAGGUGUUGGGACGCAAAAGUUUCAUCUGUCCAGCAGUGGGCAAUGUCUCGACCCACAACACAAAAUGAUACCGCCACUGACGGAGAACUGAAAAACGAAUCCGAUCUUUUUAAUGAUCUUUACCUACGUCCUGUCAUCCAAGCAGAUGAUGAGAGAUCACGUCACCAGUUGCGACCGCUGACCCGAAACGUACUCACCCGGUUCGAUGACCUUCUCAUGGCUCUUCACAAUGCCCGAAAUGGUGGAGUCGGGGCGGACGAUAGCUCCGCGAGUGAAUGGCAGACAGACACAGAGAGUAUUGCUUCUAGCGUCUCAUCCCGCAAAAGAAGAACUUUGAGGACUACCGCAGAGCGAAGUCAAUCGAGGGGUAGAAAGCGCACACGCAGAUCAUCCGCCCAAGCUGGAUCAAGCCGUCCAAGUUCUUAUAGCGGACAUGCAUCAAGUGGGCCGGUAUCGUCUCGACCUAGUUCGCGUCGACCAUCCGGGUCGCAGUAUUCCUCAAAGUCACGGGGCCGAUCGACUGGCAGCGACCGCAAAAGAUCUGCGAGUCGUUUCCGUCUUGGUCUCCGAGACUGGAGUGAAGUAUUAGGAGUUGCCUCUAUGAUCGGCUUUCCGCCAGCUGUGGUAAUGCGCUCUUCACAAAGAUGUGCCGCUCUAUUCCAUGAGGACAUGGAAUUUAGAACGUUCAAGGAAGGCGCCUUACAGCAACUUCAGGACGGAGAUUCUCGCGCCUGGGCCUACUCAGAAACUGAGCCUGGGGAUCCUGAAGCUUCGCCGCCUCCUCCUUCGACACCUCAUACUAAUGGACCAUCAUCUCGCACGGCUUCUGUGAAGAGGGCCUCUAGAUCCCGAGCCGCUAGCCCUGUUACUGAGAACCCUAAUGAGAUGAUCAUGCCCAAAGGCAAAGGUCCACAUCGCAAGACAGAUCUAAUAUGCCCUAUUCCGACAUGUCCCCGGCGCAUUAAUGGAUUCGCUCGACGGUGGAAUCUCAAUUUACAUAUGAAACGCAUGCAUCCAGGAUACCGUCUUAAGAGAAGUGACUCAAAAUCCAUGUCUCCCAUUGCCGGCCGUGGUGCAGACGAUAGUGAUGGUUAAUACAUGCCUAAGGUGUAGCCUUGCCAAUCAGCGCCCUUCAG